AUAUAUAAUCGACAAUUUCAUCGUAAUUUUAUAAUUGCGUGAUAUUUUAUGUGAAAUUUACCUCGCACCACAAAAUCAUCUUUCGCCGUCCGUUCCCUUAGUUCUAAACACCGUAGAUCUCGCUGUCUCUGUAAGUCUCUCUCGUAAUUUUUCCCCCAAAUAUUCAAAUCCCUAAAUUAUGCGCAGCAAUUUGCAUAAACUCUAUUCGAUUAUCCAUUUAUUUUCUCUUUUGCGAUCUGUUCAGAUAUAAUUUGUAUCCUUUUUGGGUUGUAGAGAAGCUUUUUUCAUCGAUAGAGGUUGAUUCUACAGCUAUUUAUUGAAAUUUAAUUAGGGUUUUGUAUUGUAAUUUAUGGGUCUUUCUCAAUUUUCAGUUUUUGAAUUCCCCCCAAAUUUUGGUGUCCAAUUGUUUAGGUUUUAGGUAUUUGAGCGUGUUCUUGAGAUUUAGUUAGCUGUUUUUAUGGCAUUUGAAUGCCAAAAAAGUAUUGAGAGUUUGAGAAUUUGUUCAAUUGAACCUUCUAAGAAUCGAGAUAAUUUGACAUUAGAAUCGGAAAAAAUAAAACCUCUAUAUAAAUUGGAUGCUAAAGGUGGGAUUGUGAAUUCAAAAUGUGAGGAGUUGCUUACUGGUAAUGAAGUUCUUCCUGGUUGUCAGUCCAUUACUGAACUUCCUCCGGUGUUGAUUUCAGAAAUAUUUAAUUUGUUAGAGCCAAAGGAGCUAGGUAUUGUUUCGUGUGCUUGUACGUUAUUGUAUCAGAUUGCAUCGGAGCACCAUGUCUGGAAGGAGUUCUAUUGUGAAAGGUGGGGGCAGCCAAUAUUGCAGGCACCUUUUGGUGCAGGGCAUUCGGAUGGAAAGUUGUGGAAGGAGCUGUUUGUGGAGAGGGAGUUUCGGAGUAAAACAUUCAUGGGACGUUAUACUAUAGAUAUGUUGUAUGGUCAUACUGAGGAUGUUAGAGCAGUUUUUGUUUUAGCUUCAAAGAAGCUUGUGUUUACUUCAGGUUAUGAUCAAAUAGUGCGAAUGUGGGACUUAGAAGAAGGGUUGUCAAUUGCCUCAUCUGAAUCUCUUGGCUGCACUAUCCGUGCAGUUGCAGCUGAUUCAACGCUGUUAGUGGCUGGGGGUACUGGUGGAUUCAUACAUGGUUGGAAAGCGAAUGAAGAAAAUCCUCAUUUGUUUGAUCUUAGAGCAUCUCAGAACGAGGAAAUGGAAUUCCAUGUUUGGGAACAUGGUGGGCCAAUAACAUGUCUUGCGUUGGAUUUCAAUAGGAUGUAUAGCGGUUCAUGGGACAUGAGUAUUCGUGUUUGGGAUCGAUCUUCUCUGGAGUGUUUGAAAGUUUUGGUACACAGUGACUGGGUGUGGAAUCUUGCUCCACAUGAUACAACAGUGGCAAGCACAGCAGGCUCGGAUCUUUAUGUUUGGGAUACUAAUAGUGGGUCAAAACUUGCUAUAAUCAACAAUGCUCAUGCUGGAUAUACUUACUCUCUGGCGCGAAGCCACACUGGGAAGCUUCUGUUCACUGGUGGGGAAGAUGGAGCUAUUCACAUGUUUGAAAUCUUUGAAAAUGCUAUGUACCAUGUCAGACGAGUUGCAACAUGGAUUCCUCACUUGAGUGCUGUUUACUCUCUUGCAUUUGAGUUCCCUUGGCUUGUUUCAGCUUCAAGUGAUGGAAAACUUUCACUUAUUGAUGUGAGAAAGCUGUUGAGAACAAACCGGAAUUCCGCACUGAAUAGUUCUUCUAAAGCUGUUAAUCUGGUUGAUAAUGUCGAACCACCACAGAGAAUGCUACAUGGUUUUGGGAGCAAUUUGUUUGCGGUGGAUGUUGGAUCUAACCGAAUUGUGUGCACUGGUGAAGAAGGUCUUGUCAGGGUAUGGAACUUCUCUCAAGCUUUGGAGAAUGAGCAGCGGGUCCAAGCUCUAAGAGGUUUAAGGUUAGAGAAUAGAAUGAGAAGGCGUAAUCGUCAGCUGGAAACGAAUGAUAAAGGUAGACGUGGUAAUCAGUGCUCAUUUACAGAAAAGAAGAACCAAUUAGAUGGUCAUAGAAACAGUUGGAACAACAGACGAAAGAUGGUUUGGAAGGUGAAGGCCUAGAAGUGACUGCAGUUUGUCAUUGAUCCUCAGAGUAAUUCUCUAUUUCCAAUACCUAAUCAUGUAUGAAAAGGCAUUUUCUCUUUGAAAGCUUCCAUCGAUACAUUAACAUUGAAGAUACAAUCUGUAUCAUUUACAACUCUUUCGCUCAUUUCUCUUAUUUGAUCUGUCAAGAGUUUUACUUGUUAAAAGCUGAUGUUGGUUAUGAGAUUUUUGUUUACAAA